AUGGGAAGCGACUCUGAUUCAGAGAAUGAGCUAACGCUAUCAGCAAACGCAUUAGCCGCCUUGCAGGAGUUCAGACUGGAAGAGCAGCAGCAUCAAGAGGCUUUUCAAAAGAUGUAUGAUGCGGCUGAGGAAGAAUACUCCCAAACUCAGAAAAAGGAAGGUAUGAAGCUUUUCAAAGAAGAUUGGCAACUUUCACAGUUUUGGUAUACUGAUUCCACAGCAGACACCUUAGCGGACUCCCUUCUAGAGGGCGCUGAUUCGGAGACCGUAAUUGCAAUUGUGAGUGCUCCUUCGGUCUACGCGGCUAUCAAGAGGAGGGAGCCUGAGAACGUCCCAACAGAGCAUAUUUACCUGUUAGAAUUUGAUAAAAGAUUCGAAUUACUGGCUGGCAAAGAACAUUUUCUUUUUUACGACUACCAAAAACCUGAGGAGUUCGAUUGCAAACUGAAGGGUAAAGUGGAUAGAUUGAUUAUAGAUCCACCAUUUUUGAACGACGAUUGUCAAACCAAAUCAUCCAUCACUGCCAAAGUAUUAUUGGCGAAGAAUGAUGAAUCAAAGACCAAGAAUGGCGUCACAAAACAUCGUCUUGUGUCUUGUACCGGUGAGAGAAUGUCAAAAGUAAUUAGCAAGGUCUAUCCAGACACCAGUAUUACAACUUUUCUCCCUGAACAUGCAAACGGACUGAGUAACGAAUUCCGUUGUUACGCUAACUUCGAAUGGUCUGGAUGGUCAUUCGCAUCUACUUAG